AUGCCUCUGGCAAUUGAACCAGUUGGGCUGUCGACAGUGGCCAAUGUGGCAUUUAUCACUGAUCCAAGCCUCGUCAAUGUUACCGACACCGUCGAAAUCAGUGGCGACAUUUUCGCUCGACUUUUUCCUGAAGAACUGAGUGACGACAAAUAUCUUUUGAUCAAACUCUUGGGAUCGGAAUGCUUUGACCUGGCAAAGAUUUACCGUGUGGGUGGUAUUGAUGAUGCUCUGCAUAAUCUCGUUCGUUUCGUCAAUCACCAAAUCUGUGAUGGAUACACUCUGGACCAAUUGACCAUCAACAAGGUACGCGUUGAUGCCAUCAAACAGAGCGACAUCCCAUCAUUAGACCAGAUUUACGUUGAGGUUCCGCCGAACAUCUACGACAUAUUACAAGCGAAACCUCAGGACUCAUUGCGAAAGCAAUUUGGUCAGUUCCUCGCCCCCAGUGGUGGUAUUGUCAACGAUCAGGAUUUGAUCAGACUUAUCAAUGGUCAAGUUCGGCUUUGCGAACCGGUUUCCCAAGGUCGUGUAACAAAUAACACCACAAUUGUGUUGAUCAAGAGCAAGGAGCCAAUGCCGACCCCCGAUGAGGGAGAAGUGGAAGAAGUUGACAUGGAUAUGCUGGCGUACAUGAAGAGUAGUUCCAUGUGGAAGAAGGAAGCCACACAAUCGAAGUCGUUUACUUUGCGCCCAUUAUCAAAGCGUUUGCUGGUUGAAGGACUCCCGUCUGAUCAGUUGAAAGAGGAUCAAGAAUUGUUCGUAUUCAUUUGCUCGAGCGAUUACAUCACCUUAGGUUUCCCGGUAUUCAAUGGCGAUCUUGUGAAAUUGGUCCAUGGUGACAAGCAUCUUGUGGUUAAACUCUUCACCCUCACUGAACCAAAUCAUUUUGAGAGUGGUUGUUUAUACGUUCUGCCAUUACUUCUUGUAAAUUGGGGUAUCAACUCUGAGGGGGAACGGGUUAAGCUUGAACAGUUUUCCGAGCCGAGUCAAACCCUUGCACAAGUGUUGCCCGUCGCUGAUUCGGUGAUCAUCAGUCGUGUCGCUUCACAAAUCACCAUGGAUCGCACAUACCAAAACAACUUUUUCAGUCUGCUCAAAACUAACUUGCUGAACCAGUUCCGGUGUGUCCAGAAAGGCGACUUUAUCGCCGUGACGAUUGACCUGGUUCUGGCAAAGACUAUGUUUGACACUGCUAGUGCCGCUAUCACCGCUGCCGAUGGAGACGAAGCUGACGAAAAUCCUGCUCCCGAGCCUGAAGUGAUUCCUCAGGGUGACCCAGAUGCAGUGGCAUGGUUUAAAAUUGUUGAUCUCAAAGGAACCACGGACUUGUCGACUAAUCAAUUCAUUAUUGAUCCCAAUCGCACUUUAUUCGUGUCUCUGGGUGUGGAGUCGAUAAGACUCCCAGAAAACGAAUUUGUGAACUGGCAUCGCUAUUUAAAUCUUCCUCCUAUGUUUGAUUUCAAAGGUGGGGAAUUCACGUACGCCGCUGAGCUCAAGAAAAUUGUAAGCACCAACUUGACAAGUCCCGUCAACUUACGCACUCUGGUGUUGUUAACUCUGAUGUCUCGAGGAAUCGGGAAAACACUGGUGGUGAGAAAUGUGUGUACCGAGAUGGGGCUUAAUCUUGUGGAGCUUGAAUGUUACGACCUCGUCAACCCCGGUCAGGAACUCAAGACUAUAGGUAUCCUUAGCGGUCGCAUCGAUAAGGUCAUUGGUGAGCCUCUGGCUCCCCUGCUGGCAUUCCAUGUGAUUUACCUUAAGCAUGUUGAAGCGCUCUGUCCACAUACCGACCCCAACGACCAGAAUCUGAAUGUCCACACCUCUUUGCUGCUCAAAAUUGCACUGACUGUCGCUGAUUAUCUCUCGCGCUACUCCAAUUUGAUGGUGAUUAUGAGUUGCAAUGACAUUGACAAACUUAACGAUCAAGUGGCUCUGAUGGUGAAAUUCACAAUCAAUUUCGGUGUACCUCUGGAAGAUGAGCGGCAAUCAAUCAUGAGAUUUUUGGUGGGACUUGAGCUUAAUAGUGAUAAUGACCCAAAGUACUUUUUGCGUCAUGAUGUCUCAUAUGCCAACCUUGCCCUUCAGCUGGCUGGUCUCACCCCCAGGGAUUUACGGAGUAUCGUGAAGAUGCUGAAAAAGCAGGCACUCCUGCGUUUAGGCAAGGUGGCUAAGAAAUCAGGGGUCUCACUUGAUGCGCUCAUUAAAGUGGGCAAUGGAGGUCGCAUUCAAUGGAUUCCCGAAGACUUCAACCAAGCCAUCAAUGAAGCUCGAAACCAGUUCUCCGACUCUAUCGGAGCACCUCGUAUUCCUACGGUUAAGUGGGAAGAUGUAGGUGGUAUGGACUUUGUCAAGGGCGAAAUUUUGGAUACAAUUGACAUGCCGCUCAAACACCCCGAGCUUUUCAAACUGGGCGUCAAAAAACGAUCAGGUAUCCUUUUCUACGGGCCUCCCGGUACCGGUAAAACAUUAUUAGCGAAGGCCAUCGCUACGAACUUUUCGCUUAACUUCUUCUCAGUUAAAGGUCCCGAAUUGUUGAAUAUGUACAUUGGUGAAUCUGAAGCCAAUGUGAGACGAGUGUUUCAACGGGCUCGUGAUGCUAAGCCAUGUGUCAUUUUCUUCGAUGAAUUGGAUUCAGUGGCUCCCAAACGUGGUAACCAAGGCGACUCUGGCGGUGUCAUGGAUCGUAUCGUGUCUCAAUUACUUGCGGAACUCGAUGGUAUGAGUGGGGGUGAUGGCGACGGUGUUUUUGUGGUCGGUGCUACCAACCGACCUGAUUUGUUGGAUGAAGCCUUGUUGCGACCUGGGCGUUUCGACAAGAUGUUGUACUUGGGUAUCUCUGACACACACGAUAAGCAAGCUAAAAUUUUGGAAGCUCUCACCCGAAAAUUUACAUUGGACAAUGACGUCGACCUUUCAGAACUUUCGAAGAACUUCUCGCUUACUUAUACUGGUGCGGACUUAUACUCCGUCGCCCUGGACUCUAUGCUCAAGGCUAUGCUUCGUGUCGCUGGGGAAGUUGAUAAGAAGAUUGAAGAUUACAACCGUGAGAGAAAGGAACAAGAUCUCCCCGAGGUGUCGACCAGAUGGUGGUUUGACAACGUUGCCCAGCCACUGGACAUUAAGGUGACCGUUAAGCAACAAGAUUUGCUUGAAGCUCAGCGCGAAAGUGUUCCUUCAGUAUCGGCUGAGGAAAUUGCUCACUAUGAGCGGGUGAGACAAAACUUCGAGGGUGGCAAAGAAGAUAAACAGUCUCUGGAGACGAAUCAAGAGCUCGCCGAUGGGAUCACCAUUGAUAUGAACGGCAACUAA